GCUCCUCCCCGCCCGCCGACCAGAAUAGUCACUAAUUUCGAUCUGCAGUCGCAACCCUACGAUAUCCAGCGGAUUGGAGACCGGUCGCAACAUGUUGGACGCUUUCGAGGUCAUCACUACCUCUGGUGUGGUGCUGUGGUCCCGGUCGUAUGCGCCAGUCAGCUCCCAUGUCGUCAAUAGUCUUAUCAGCGAGGUUUUCAUCGAGGAAAAAGUCGCCCCAGCAGAAGGCACGUCGACCGCUUUCAGGAAAGAGAAAUACACACUGAAGUGGAGGCGAGCAAAGGACCUUGGUCUUAUAUUCGUCGCCGUCUACCAGUCGCUGCUUCACCUUAGUUGGAUAGACAAGUUACUUGAUAAUAUCGUCACUAUCUUCGUUGAUGUCUACAAGGAUCAGCUGAAGAGCAGCAGAGCAAGGGUUGCUGAGUACCCUUUCGACAGGUACUUUGAUCAGCAGAUACAAGAAUUGGAAAAUGCUGCCGGCCCAGCGAUUGACGAACACGCUGGUCCACAUGAAGACGAGAAGAAAAACCCGCUUGUCGCGUCAGAUAACGGAGGACCGCCGCCACCAUAUGCGGCUUCACUUUCCAAAGCGCAGCAAUCGGCUGCGCAAUUAGUGGCGACCUCUGAUGAGAGCUCGCCAGCCCACACACCGCAAUCCUCAAGACCCACGACCCCUCUUGCGAAUCAUCUCCUUACUGCGAAGAACGGCCCAGCCGGUCGUGUCUCUCGUCGUGCUCGAAAAGCCGCCAAUGCGAGCUCCAAUGCCUCCUCAGGAGACGAGAGUCUGCGAAAGGGCAAAUCAAGCAAAGAGAAGAGAGCCCGCAUAUGGGAUGUAGAUGGUCUUGCAGAUGAGGAUGACGGUGUAAACCUAGAUUACUCAGCUGCUGCAACAGAAGACCACAUUGCUGCACCCGCAGUUGAAGCUGUCGCCCAGGAGACUUGGGGUCGCAAGACGGCCAAAGGACAGUUUGUUUUGAAAGAUCUUGGCGAUGAGGUACAUUCGAUUUUGGAGAAUGCGGACGCUGCGAAGACAAAGUCGAAUACACCGAGCGGUGUCGUCGGGUCAAGCUUUAAUGCUAUCGGUGGCCUUUUCCGCAACAUCGUCGGCGGCAAAACUCUGACCGAGGCUGAUUUGGAGAAACCCUUGAAGGCGAUGCAAGACCAUUUGAUGCAAAAAAAUGUUGCCCCUGAAGCUGCGUUGCGGUUGUGCGAUGGCGUGAAGCAAGAACUCGUUGGUAAAAAGACAGGCAACUUCCAAAGCGUUGAUGCAGCCUUGAGAACCGCUACUGAGUCAUCAUUGCGCAAAAUUCUGACGCCUACGUCGUCUUUAGAUUUGCUGCAUGAAAUCCAGGCUGUUACGUCCCCUACCGUCAAAGGCCAAACACCACGUCCAUAUGUCAUUUCCAUUGUCGGCGUUAAUGGUGUUGGGAAAUCGACAAACCUCAGCAAGAUAUGUUUUUUCCUUCUACAAAACAACUACCGCGUUUUGAUCGCUGCCUGCGACACCUUCCGAUCAGGUGCUGUUGAACAGCUUCGCGUGCAUGCUCGAAAUCUGAGAGAGCUGAGUGCCCGCGAAAACGUUGGCGAGGUUGACCUUUACGAGAAAGGCUACGGCAAGGAUGCAGCCAACGUGGCUAAAGAUGCCGUUGCUUAUGGCGCUGCAAACAAAUUUGACGUUGUCUUGAUUGACACGGCUGGACGUCGCCACAAUGACCAACGGCUGAUGUCGUCGUUGGAGAAGUUCGCUAAAUUCGCUAAUCCGGAUAAAAUUUUUAUGGUGGGAGAGGCUCUUGUCGGCACGGACAGUGUUAUGCAGGCGCGAAACUUCAACCAGGCAUUUGGAACGGGGCGCAAUCUUGACGGUUUUAUCAUUAGUAAGUGCGAUACUGUGGGUGACAUGGUUGGAACACUCGUGAGCAUGGUUCAUGCCACAGGCAUACCCAUUGUCUUCUUAGGGGUUGGACAGCAUUACGGAGAUUUGCGUGGACUCAGCGUUCCCUGGGCCGUGGGGCUAUUGAUGAAAUGAUAACAUUGCUGUUCCUUUUCCUGUAUAAGUUGUUUAAGUCUCCAUACGAAUGACUUCUUUUCAUCACGGCACAUAUUGGAAUAAGUACCUACAUUUUGUACAUCCUUUCAGUCUAUUUAUUUAGCGUCAAUCAAUUAUAAUCGGGCUUUGGAUUAAUUUU